GCAAACGCUCUUUACUCAGCACUUGUAAUCCGUUACCUAUGGGCAAAAGUUUAUCAGCAGUAUUUCAGGUUUCAGGUCCUGCCGCGUGAUUUCAGCCAUUCUUAGGCCAGCAGCGUGCAGCACGCAUAAAAUUUUAACAGGAAAGUGUGUAGGUCGCUAUGGCUGCAGCGGGCGCGUGUUUCUACGGACGUGUAGCCUUGGUGACGGGGGGUGCCAGCGGCAUUGGCCAAGCGGUAUGCAACACCCUGGCUGCCGACGGGGCCACUGUGGUCGUUGCUGACAAGCGGCUCGAGGCAGCACGCAAGGUUGCCCUGUCUCUACCAGGUGACGCCAAGCACCAGGCCAUGUUCGUUGACGUGGCCGAAUCGGUGUCCGUGGAGCAGCUCUUCAACAGCAUCAGAAGUGCGUUCUCCGAGCCGCUGAGCAUAGUCGUCCACUGUGCCGGUAUACUACGCGUGGCGCCACUCUGCGAGUGCACGGAUGAACUCUUUGAUGACGUCAUCAGGGUGAAUCUGAGGGGUACAUUCCUGGUGAAUCGUGCAGCUGGCCGUGAUAUGCUCCGAUCUGGGACGUCACUUCCGAAAGGGAGAGCAGCCAUCGUGAACAUAUCAAGCAUUGGGGCGAAGCGAUGCCCUUCGACAUCACCCGCGUACAGCGCCGCGAAGAGCGGCGUCAUUGCACUGACCAAGUCUGCGGCGUCGGAACUUGCGGAGCACGGUAUCCGCUGCAAUGCAGUGCUGCCCGGAUGGGUGGACACUCCCUUGAUGGCCGACGCUGAUGCAAGAUUCAAGGCUGAAGCCAUAUCGAACACACCGCUCAAGAGGACCGCCCAGCCAUGGGAGAUAGCCGAGGCCAUCAAGUUCCUGUGCUCUCCGGCUGCGAGCUCCUUCAUUACGGGAGCUACUCUUGAGGUCACCGGAGGAUUCUACGCGUGAAAUGUUUUUCUUUCUGGCACUGCUGCAUCGAUGAAGCGAUGCGGUGAUAUAAUCAAAUAAAGCAAGUUGUGGG